UCAUUUCCAUUUGCAGGUCUUCCGGGACUGCCAGGUAACCCUGGACCCGAAGGACUUCCCGGACUUCCUGGUCCAAAUGGACCUCCAGGAUACCAGGGGGAAAAGGGACUACUUGGUAUUGAUGGAAAACGAGGGAGAGACGGACAGAUGGGACAACCAGGUGCACAAGGUCCUCCUGGUGACAGCUAUCCGGGAGAGCCAGGUGUGGGUGGGGCUAAAGGAGAAAUGGGAGAUGUUGGAUACCCUGGAUUACCCGGUCCUAUGGGUCCCCCUGGUCCGGCUGCUCCUCAGCAGUUCUUCCAAGGAGAAGAUGGAGAGCCUGGUGUUGAUGGACUACCUGGUCUGCCAGGAGAACGUGGAGCAGAUGGACUGCCAGGUUUACCAGGACAGGUUACUGAUUCCUUUUAUAGAAAAUCUUAAUCACUGACU